CAUAACUUGGAGGGGAAGGUCAGAAUCAGACAUAAACCAAGUCUUUAUUGAUCACAAAGAACAAUUCUGUUUUCCGCUUUCUCAAUUUUAUUUUCUUCUUCUUCUUCUUCUUCCUCCAGCUUCAGCUUCAGCUUCAAGUGUACAAAGACAGGUAAAAGGAGGAGAAGAAGAAGAUCCAUUAAACCGUAUCUAUCUUUUCUCUCUCCACCUCUAUUUCGAUGGCGGAGGGCGAAGAGAAGAACGGAAUUAUUGAUUCGAUGCCUUUGUUUGCUAAGGAGCUUAUUGCCGGCGGCGUCACCGGCGGUAUAGCUAAAACCGCCGUUGCUCCACUCGAGCGAAUUAAGAUUCUUUUCCAGACCAGAAGGGACGAGUUUAAAAGGAUAGGACUUGUUGGAUCAAUCAACAAGAUUGGCAAAACUGAAGGUUUGAUGGGUUUCUACCGAGGGAAUGGUGCAAGUGUUGCUCGGAUAGUUCCCUAUGCAGCCCUUCAUUACAUGGCUUAUGAGGAAUACAGGAGAUGGAUCAUCUUCGGUUUCCCCGACACUACUCGAGGCCCUCUACUUGAUCUUGUAGCUGGAUCAUUUGCUGGUGGUACUGCGGUUCUCUUCACCUAUCCUCUUGACCUGGUCCGGACAAAGCUCGCUUAUCAGGUUGUUGGUUCAGCAAAGGCGCAGGUAAAAUCUUUUCCCAUGGAACAAAUCGUUUACAGAGGAAUUACCGAUUGUUUCUCGAGGACAUACAGAGAAUCUGGAUUCCGUGGCCUAUAUCGUGGUGUAGCUCCUUCUCUGUAUGGGAUCUUCCCUUAUGCUGGUUUGAAGUUCUACUUCUACGAGGAGAUGAAACGCCAUGUCCCACCUGAACAUAAGAAAGACAUUUCCCUGAAACUCAUAUGUGGUUCGGUCGCUGGAUUGCUUGGUCAGACCUUAACAUACCCUCUCGAUGUUGUCAGGAGACAAAUGCAGGUUGAGAGACUAUAUUCAGCCGUUAAGGAAGAAACAAGAAGAGGAACAAUGCAAACCCUUUUCAAGAUUGCAAGAGAAGAAGGUUGGAAGCAACUCUUCUCAGGGCUUAGCAUCAAUUACCUUAAGGUUGUGCCUUCCGUCGCAAUCGGAUUCACAGUGUAUGAUAUUAUGAAGCUGCACUUAAGAGUCCCGCCGCGAGAGGAACCUGAGGCAGAAGCUGUGACAACACAGAAAAGGAAAGUUUUCACCUAAUUCUAAGAUCAUCAUAUGAUCUGAUUUUUUGUGGUGUUUAAAACCACAGAUUAUUAUAAGAGAUUGUACAUUCCAUUUUUUUCGUAGAGGAAAUUGAAGCUAACAUUCCUCCAAAUAAACUGUCAGAAUUCCAAUCGAAUACUUUAGGACCUCUAUGUAAAUACAGAAUUGCUUAUAGGUUUUGUUCAUUCAGGAAUUUUGUUGAAUACUUAAUGCAUCUUACCUUAAGAAAUAGUGAGAGACAGAUUGUUGAUUCUAA